UUAUCAUGGACUGUUUACUGCGAACGCCGCAAAUACAGUUGAAUGAGAUAGCAAGCUAUAUCAUUAAUGCUACUGGCUCUGCAUUUGGCCCGGAGACACUGUGCCGAGCUCUCUAUAGGCUUGGAAUAACACGCAAAAAGAUGCAGAGAAUUGCCCUUCAGCGAAGAAACAAUAUUAAGCUACAAUUCAUGGCCGAAAUCAGCCUUUUUGACCCAAACCUGCUUGUUUUCCUCGAUGAAACAGGCCUUGAUGAACGAAUUGCUCGGCAAUAUGGAUAUAGUGCUCGUGGGAUACCGCCUGUUGCAUUAUAACCACCCAACACAUCAUGUUCAAGAAGUUGUAGAACGAGUGUACGAAAGUCCUGAUUUGAAUCCUUCGAAGAGGUUUACAUAUAGCUUGCUAUCUCAUUCAACUAUAUUUGCGGC